CCCCCAACAUCCCUCACCCUCUUCUCUCUUCCGUCUCUCUCUCUCUCUCUCUCGCGCCCCUCCCUAGAGAGAGAACGACAGGCGGUACCUCUUAUGAGAAAACUUUUAUCUCUAAUUUUCUCGGUAUCCAAAUAGGGUACUUCGAUCCCACACAAAUAAAAAAAAAAAAAAAAAAUGUCUCACGCGGUGUUCCAAACGGCCCAAAUUAUGCCCAUAAAGACCUUAUCAUCGAAGCCCAAGGUGAGUCCCCUCUUGCCGGCAGCACAUCCGGUGGCCGGUAAGAUGGCUCGGAGGGGACUGGUGAUAAAGGCCUCUGCUUCGUCUUCUUCGCCCGUCGUGGAAGGGGAUUCCGAUUUUUUGGAGCGCUGCUUUAUGGCGCCACCGGCGGCCUCGGCGGCGAUAAUUAGUCCGGUUAUGAAGGGAGAGUACGGCUCGUUGGGAGCGGUCACGUUGGAGAAGGGCAAGCUCGAUAUGUCUCAGAAGCAGUCCAAGUCUAGUCCCGAGACGGCAAUUGGGGGAGGCGGUGGAGAUAUUGGGAAGAAAAUAAAUCAUGGUGGUGGUGAUGGCGGUGAUGACGACGGUGAUGACGACGAUUACUUUGAUGACUUUGACGAUGGUGAUGAAGGAGACGAGGGAGGCCUAUUUAGGAGACGGAAAUUUCUUGAGGAGCUCUUUGAUCGUAAAUUUGUAGAUGCCGUAUUAAACGAGUGGCAGAAAACAAUGAUGGAUUUGCCUGCUGGAUUCCGCCAAGCUUAUGAAAUGGGUUUGGUUAGCUCUGCUCAAAUGGUGAAAUUCCUAGCAAUCAAUGCCAGGCCAACUACGACUAGGUUUAUAUCCCGAGCACUUCCUGAAGGAAUGUCAAGGGCAUUUAUUGGCAGGAUGCUUGCAGAUCCUGCCUUCUUAUAUAAGCUUCUUUUGGAGCAGGCUGCUACAAUCAGCUGCUCAGUUUGGUGGGAGUUGAAGAAUCGUAAGGACAGGAUAAAGCAAGAAUGGGAUCUGGCACUUCUUAAUGUGCUCACGAUAUCAGCCUGCAAUGCCAUUGUUGUUUGGUCACUUGCUCCUUGUCGUUCAUAUGGGAACACAUUCCACUUUGAUUUGCAAAAUACAUUACAGAAGCUGCCAAAUAAUAUAUUUGAAAGAAGUUACGCAUUUCGUGAAUUUGAUAUGCAAAAGAGAAUCCAUUCAUUCUUCUACAAGGCUGCAGAGUUGUGUUUGGUUGGGUUAAGUGCUGGAGCGGUACAAGGUGCAUUGUCAAACUUUUUGGCUAGUAAAAAGGAGGGAAGGUUAUCCGUGACAAUUCCAUCCGUGAGUACAAACGCACUUGGUUAUGGUGCUUUCCUCGGUCUUUAUGCAAAUCUCAGAUAUCAGAUGUUAUGUGGAUUUGAUAGAGCAAUAAGCAGCCAUUUUGAUGUCAUUGGAGUGGCUCUGUUUUUUAGCACGGCUUUGAGGAUUUUGAAUAUCCAAUUGGGAGAGAGAUCAAGGCUGGCCUGGCUAGGGGUAGAGGCAGAUCCGCUGGUUGAUUCAGAUACUCUCUUGAAGGUUUACAACAGACCUUCAGAGGAUGCUGAUAGGCCAUCUUCAAAAUGGUUUAUAUCAAAGAAUGCCAUUGUUUCUGGACUCGGGCUCCUUGGCAUCAAACAGGAGAAGGGUGACUCUGUUGCCGAUGGUAAACCAUCAGCUCUGAAGGCUCGGAGAAAGAGGAUUGUCCGGAAGAAAGUGACUACAAGUUGAGCAUGGUUUCUUAUGUUGUAAUUGUUAUCACUGUCCAAUUUUGCUAUCUGAUAAAGACGUGGCUAGCUUGCUCAUCAGACUUGAGAAAGUAAGAGCUGAUGGUAAUGAUUCAUGACUGCUUCUGCCGUGGACAACCUGAAAGGAACAGACUUAAAUGACCAUGACGAGAAUAAUUUUUUUGUUUAUGUGGGGGUUGGGGGGAGCGAAUUUCUUGAUUUUUCCUUGAACUCUUGUACUUUAACUAAGUAAACACGUUGUGUAAGACUGCUGUUUGCAGAAUUUUUCUAAUAGGUUUGAAGAUUUUGUUCCCA